CUCCCAUUCCCCUCGCUCUUCUCUUCUACUUUUACCUUCCAUUUAUUGAGAUCCUUGGCUUAUGCACUGUUACAACAGCAACGGCAAUAGCAACGACAACAGUAACGGCAGCAGCAGCGGCAAUAGGCGAUAACAAUAACGAUAACAGUAACUGAAACAAUAAACGGCCAUUCCAUUCUUUCUCUUGCUCUUCUAGCUCUACAUAAUAAUAACAGUAGCAAAUAGCGACUGACAUAUUAGGAAAAGUCAUGGAUUACAGCCACAUAAAUGGUGCAUCUCAACACGGAUUUGGCCGGAUUGUAUCAUACCUCCUGGGCUGGAGCUACUUCCUUGCAUGGUCUGUUAGUUUCUACCCACAAGCCAUCCUCAAUUGGCGACGGAAAAGUGUUCAAGGAUUGUCAAUGGAUUAUCUCCACUUAAAUGUCUUGGGCUUUCUUUCUUAUUCAAUCUUCAACGUAGCCUUCUUCUUCAGCUCCGAGAUUCAAGAGGAAUACAAGCGUCGAAAUAAUGGACAAGAAAACCUAGUCCGCGCAAAUGACGUUUUUUUUGCGGUUCAUGCACUCAUCAUAGCGACUUUUACGCUCAUCCAAACACAAAUCUACAAGCGUGAUGAAGAUCAGCGUGUUUCAAGAUCAACCUUCAGUUUCAUCCUGGUCUUCAUCGUUGCGACCAUACUCUCCACCAUUGGAAUAGGCUUAGGAAUCUGGCCGAUGCAACAUAUGCAUUGGAUCGAUCUUCUCUACUUUUUCAGCCACAUAAAGAUGAUAGUCAGUUUCCUAAAGUACCUUCCUCAAGCAUUUAUCAAUUACAAGGCUAAAUCCACCGCAGGCUGGAGUAUCCAUAACAUCUUGUUGGACCUCACAGGAGGUGUGCUCAGCAUUGCUCAACUUGUGUUGGAUACUUAUCUCUCAGGUGAUUGGUCUGGCAUCUCAGGCAAUCCUGUCAAGUUUGGAUUGGGCUUCUUGAGUAUUGCGUUCGAUCUCCUCUUUAUCACGCAGCAUUAUAUCCUUUAUAGAGAUCGAACUGAUAUCUAUGCUACUGGCAAAAACGAUGAUGAUGCAGCUGAAGAAGGGUAUCCUUAUAUCAAUCAUGUAAAUAAUUCAAGCAGAGUGAAAGGUGCUGAAGAGAGGGAUAGCCUAUUGAUCAACUCUUCAAGUAACAGGAAAUAUGAUGGCACGCGUCGUCCUAACGAUUUGGAGGCUUAAGGCAAGCAGCCAGUACCCUUCGCAUAUAUCAAAGCC